CUAAACUAACUAUUACUAACAACGCUUCACUUUUAACUGUCACCAUUCAGUAAUAGUUACCGGAUACCGGUUAUUGCCAGUAAAACAUAAAACGACGUCACAAUCUGCGUUUUGAAUUUUCAUAAACCCUAACAAAACCCUCUAACAAGUAACAAAUACACAAAAACCACAAUCAGAACCUCGAUCAGAGAAAGAGUCUGAAAUGAACUACAACCGUUUGAUUUCCGGCGGAGGAAGACUUCUCCGUCGACUAUCCACGGAGGCAACGGUGGCUGAGAUUCCGAAGAGAAAACCAAGUCUUUACCAAAAGCUAGCGGAACUAGAAAAAACCGGCGGAACAGUGUCGCAGACGUUGAAUCGGUAUAUAAUGGAAGGAAAAGCCGUCGGAAAAGGUGAACUCGAGAAAUGCGUCGAGGAGCUUCGAAAGUAUCGUAGAUUUCAGCACGCAUUCGAGAUACUGGAAUGGAUGAUGAUGAGGAAAAUCAAUUUUUCAUGGGAUAAUUAUGCAGUGUAUUUAGAUCUUAUGUCAAAAGUGAAAGGUGUGAUUGAUGCUGAAAAUUACUUCAAUAGUCUUCCAAAUCCUGCUAAGAACAAGUACACGUGGGGUUCUCUACUAAAUUGUUAUUGCAAAGAAUUGAUGCUAGAUAAGGCAUUGUCUCAUUUUGAGAAGAUGGAUGAAUUAGGGUUUGUUACUAGUUUAUCUUUCACCAAUUUGAUGACUUUGUAUAUGAAGUUAGGUCAACCUCUGAAAGUUCAUGAGUUAGUUAAUGAUAUGAAGGUGAGGAAAAUGCGUAUGACUGGAUUUACGUAUAUUGUUUGGAUGAAUAGCUGCGCUGCUUUGAAUGAUCUUGAUGGGGUUGAAAAUGUUUAUAAGGAGAUGAAAAGAGAAAAUGGAGACAAAAUUGAUUGGAAGACUUAUAGUAACCUUGCUGCUAUUUAUGUAAAAGCUGGAGAAUUUGUGAAAGCUGAGUUGAUGCUUAAGAAGAUGGAACAAGUAGUGAGGCCGCAGCAACGCGAAACUUAUCAUUGUUUGUUGAGUCUUUAUGGUGGGACUGGUAAUGUUACAGAGGUUUAUAGAGUGUGGAGCAAGCUCAAGACAGUCUCCCCGGUGACUAAUCGGAGCUAUCUUAUUAUGCUUUCUACCCUUCGAAGGCUUGAAGAUAUGCAGGGUAUAAUAAAAUUGUUUAAGGAGUGGGAAUCUAGGCGUGUUAAUUAUGAUCCAAGGUUGGUUUCUGUUGCAGUAGAAACUUACUUGAGUCAAAACAGGGAUGAAGAAGCUGUGUCGCUCUUUAAGGAGGUUCUCAAGACGUGCAGAGGACCUUUCUUUAGGAUUCGGGAAAUGUUCAUGGUGUCUUUAUUGGAGAAAGGUCAACUGGAUGGUGCUAUGAGCCACUUAGAGGCUGCACUUUCAGAAGUCUCCGGUGAUAAAUACCGCCCUUCACCACAAGUUGUGAGUGCUUUUCUUAUGUAUUAUGAAGACAAAACAGAUCUUGAUGGUGUUGAUGAGUUAAGCAAGAUUCUCAGGAGUCACAAUUUUGAUGAAUCCUGUAUUACAGCUUGCAUUACUGCAUCCGAAUCAUCUCCUGGUAUUCAUCCGGUAUUGAAGGAAGAUUCUUAUACCGAUCAUGUGCCCCGGAACUUGUAACCUGGAAGCGGAUGUUCUCUCUGAAUACCAAUCAUGGAAAAAACAAUAUGUGUUUCUUGUAGGUGCAGUUAAUGUCAAGAAAGUGAUGAUUUGACAAUCAGAAUUGAUUUGGUUUCCUUAAGAUAAGUAAUGGUUUAUCAAAUUCUUUCAGAAUUCAAAUUUCAAUGAAACGUUAUAGACUAGGCAUUUUGUUUGCUACGAUGAUUAUAAGUUGAGUUUAACAGACAUACACUAUCAGUGAAAUUAGUCUUAGACUUAAAUUGAUAGCGCUGCAUGAGCCCGGCCAGUAGGAGGGGGUAAGGUGCGAGCUGGCUACUUAGUUAGGAUUUUCCAUUGAGGAUAGUGUAGGCUGAGUAUGGCAAACUCAUGUCACCAUUAUCUUGUGUUGAGAGUUUUUCUCUCUUUCUCGUUGGAUUUGAAUACAAUACAAUUUCCAUUC